AGUUGUGGCAUGAAAUCUGGCGAGUCGAGGUGAGCAUGUUACAACGGUAAUGGCUUUCAUCUUUCUUGAGGCUUAAUUGAGUUUCACGGUAGUGCUCCACUCGAUGUUGCCAUAUUCUCCACUCAUCUUUGUGUAACAAGUGGUGGGACUCCUCAGCGAUGUGUUGUUUUCACGCGAACGCUAGUCGAAAUCACAAGCCAAACCGUACGUUAUAGAAAGUGUGUCCUAAACCAAUGCAGUUUUUUUGGUUUUAUAUUUAAUAAUUUUUUAUAAAACUAUAGUGUAAUAUUUUCAUUUAAAAGUUAUUGAGUUGAAAUAGGUAUAAUUUGUAAAUUUUAAAAAAAAAAAAAAAAAAAACUUAUAAUGCGUGACCAGUAAUUUUUUGGUUUUAUAUUUAAUAAUUUUUUUUAAAACUAUAGUGUAAUAUUUUCAUUUAAAAGUUAUUGAGUUGAAAUAGGUAUAAUUUGUAAAUUUUAAAAAAAAAAAAAAAAAAAACUUAUAAUGCGUGACCAGUAUGUGUUCGUCCUUUGCCCGCGAAGAUGAACAAGCCAAUAUUCUAUUGACGUGUAUUUGUUUAAAGUAAUGGAGACUCACUCUCUCGUCCAUGCCUAAUUGAUCCAUGUAUAUGCUUGGUAACUACGGCGUGAAACGGAAAAGGAUGUGUAGAUGACCAGCAGCGUGUGUGUCUGUAUUUCAUUGUGCUCUUCAUGCGCUCCACGUCAUGGUAGUUGUCGGAAUUCUCAUUGGCGUCAAUGCCAUCAUUGCCAUACGGGACUCCCAUCUCUUGGCUUGAUUUCAAAUUUUCGAAUUCUCAUAGAUGAGUCGCCAUCCCGGUUUCAUCCACUAUCUUCCCGGCGUUCAGAUGAUGUUACUUGUCUCGGGAUUGAACUCCAGUCCACUACGUUGGGAUUGACUCGGCUUAGAUCACUCGGCCACCCAACUAUUAUGUGUUAGGAGCAAAGAGACCAGAACUCCCACACCUUUACAUACUGCGUUGUAGUGAUACUCACGUGCAGCUCUUCCUUACCCAUGAUUCCCCCCUUCCUACUUCACUGAUGUCUGUGUAUGACAGGUUUUAUUCACAAGAUACGAAUCAGUUUGGGGAAUGUCUAAGGCAGCAAUUUAAAGAAAAAAGCACAUUAAAAAAAAACAACACUGCUCCUUCUGUAAAAUAUGAAUGACGUAAAAAGGAUUCGCUCGGCAUAUUGAUUUAAAUUCAGCACACGUGUAUUUUCACCGUAUGACACAUGCAUAUAGGGCCACAGGUUAUUUUUAAAAACGCAAGUUAUUUCGUUUUUGGGUUAGUUUAAAUUUGAUUUAUUGCCUAGUAAUAAAUUAUUUCCUGCUUUGGUUAUUUAAACAGUAAGUGUUUCUUUCAUUUCAGCUCAUUGUAUGCUAUAAUCCUCUCAUGCAAUACAUUUCUACUUCAGGCCUCCCGUUAAGGACUAAUUCACAUGACCUACGUAAUUCAGACUUUAUAGUGUUGUACCAUAGUGUUUAACCAUACCGAAUAUAUACAGAGGCGUAGCUACUGUGUUUUGACCAAGGUUUAUUUUUACACCCCCCACUCCCUUUUCAACUCAUUAUUUCUCCAUAAAAUGCCAAAAAUAUAUAUUUUGGCACCUCAUUAGUUUGAUGCCAUGGAAACAUCUGUACCUCCUACCCCCAACCAUUUUUUUUUCAUCUGCGCCUAUGUAUAUAUAUUUUUUAAAAAAUAUGGGUCUAAAAAUAUCUAUGAACGUAAACAUUCUAAUUAUAUUUGAUCUCAAUUACUGAUCCUAAAAUUUAGUUUAUUUCUAUUGUCUCAGAUAAUUCAUUAUUAAUUCUAAUUAACUUUUUUCAGUAAACGCCCUUAGGUCAAAGAGAUAUUUUUGUAUUUUUUCUGUGCUCUACGAAUUUAAGAAAAGAAAAAAAAAGAGAUAGUCGGCAUCUGAACAUUUUUUUUCUUUAAGAAAAAACAUAAAUAAAUUACAGUAUGUUUUACUUGAAAAGACAAACCUUCCCUGUUUCCUUGGAAUAAGUUAGUUCAUUUAUUGGCUCAUUCUCCCAACAAAGCAUUCGAAGUUCGAGGCAAAGUUAAUUUCCAAAGCAUGUUGUAAAAGCGUUGUGUCAAUAGAAUAAGUCUUUUCUUAUUAUAUUUUUAAGUCGAUUCAAAGGGAAUCUCGUGUUAUUUGUGGCACCUGUGGCUCCCUUACAUUUCCUUCCGUGCGUUUCUAUUUUUUCUCUCGAAUAUAUCGUUAAUCUAAGAUUUAGCUGAUAGCCAUGUUUUUGUUCUUUUGAAUUCGUUGUGAAAAAGAGGGUCCCUUGUCUGUAUUUUUAGUUCUUCCCAGCUCUUUCCUGUAAUUUAAGCUCCAUCCAGCACACUGCGACUUAAUGUUCUCCCAGCUCAUCCAGCACACUGCGACUUAAUGUUCUCUCAGCUCAUCCAGCACACUGCGACUUAAUGUUCUCUCAAGUUAUCCAGCACACUGCGACUUAAUGUUCUCUCAAGUUAUCCAGCACACUGCGACUUAAUGUUCUCUCAAGUUAUCCAGCACACUGCGACUUAAUGUUCUCUCAAGUUAUCCAGCACACUGCGACUAAAUGUUCUCUAAAGUUAUCCAGCACACUGCGACUUAAUGUUCUCUCGUAUAUCCAGCACACUGCGACUUAAUGUUCUCUCAAGUUAUCCAGCACACUGCGACUUAAUGUUCUCUCAAGUUAUCCAGCACACUGCGACUUAAUGUUCUCUCAAGUUAUCCAGCACACUGCGACUAAAUGUUCUCUCAAGUUAUCCAGCACACUGCUCUGGCACCCGCUAAGAGCCGUUAGGAUAGCCGCAUCGUCUCCCAAGCCGUUGCACAUAUGCCAGAUCAUGGAUGCAGCAACGUACCCUAUCAGAAUCAGAAUCAAAAUCGGAGUAGAUACUUCUAGACCAAUUGAAAAGAAUGUAAUCGACUUUUUUUCUUCUUGUUUUGUUAUUUAUUUCAGUUCCGUUCAACUUGAACCAGCCAAUCAAAAUGCUGGGCUUACAAUUCGGUGUCAUAGUAGUUUGUAUAGCUGCCAUUUCUACAAAUAACGACCAUUCAGAGAAGCCAUCGUCGUCUAGUGAGUUGUGUGACAAAUAGUUUUUAUUUUUUUUUUAAUUUAAAAAUCCAUAACAGCUUAUCUCUACUUCAGUGAGUAGACAUUGCAUUAUGAAACGAGUUUUAUUCGUUAUAAUUUUGUGUUUAGAUAUCACGAACGCUCUCUUAAAAUCUUCAUUUUAAAUACGAUAUAGAAAUAUUGUGUGAUGUGUAAAUUGCCAAGAAAGUAGCUUUAACGGGUUCUCCCUUAACGAAAAAAAAAAAAAAAAACGAUUGUUGAAAAAAAAAAAAAAAGGAUUUAUUUGGAAGUUGAAGUGUGUUGUAUCUGAACAUGGCUAAAAAUACAAAUCAACUAAUUUGCUUUCUUCCCCCCUAAUUUUCACCAGUUAUCGUAAUUUUGCUCAAAUGAGGUGUGUGUAUUGUUAGACAAUAGUGUUCGCAGCAAAAUUAAUGUUAGUAUCGUUCCAUUUCCAGACUGCACUACUCACAUGACCCAGUGCAGCAAGAAUUACUACAGCCAGGCAAUGAGCAGUUCAAUAACUUGUGGGUAAGAAGAAGACACCGAACGUCUACCAGACUUUGGCUUUCCACCCCUCUAUUAGAAUUUUACUCAGAACCCAAAACUACCAAUCUGCAAUACAAUAAACAGAGAUAGUUUUUUUUUGUUUUUUUUUGUAAAUUAGGUACAUCGUGAAAAUUUCCAUUUUGGUUUGUACAUAUCUGAAAAUGUUAAAGAGUCUAAUAUUACAACUGGGUGGCCGAGCAGUCUAUACUGCUCAACCAAGAAACUGGCGGUCUGGAGUUUAAUCCUCACCAACGCCAACAUCUCCAGCAUCCCGGGUGGAUGGGGCUCGUUCGCCUUGAACGGCAAAUCAUUUAAGGGAAGCCAAACUCUUGAAUUCAAACCAGGUGCGAGUAUGAUCGAUAAAUUAAUCGUGGGCCCUAAAAUAUAGGUGGAAAAAAAUAAAUAUAACAUUGGUAAGACGGCAUUCUAUCUAACUCAAUUGGAAGUCAUUGAACAGCAAUGGUAUUUUAGCCUUUUGGAUAAUACAAUUAAUAUGUUUUUUAGGAAAUUAUUUGGUUUUCCUAAUAAUGUGGGUCUCCCGCAUAACAAAACCAGAGCGUUCUGGGUCGCGUUAUCAAGUUUUAAUUCGUUCCCUAGCAAAAAAAAAAAAAAAUGUUUUUAAAAGGCAAAAACUGUUGUUUUUUUUAAUUUGUUAAAACAAAGAAAUGAUGAGUUGGAGGGCAUGCAAACACAUAACCACACAAUCAAAACACACAAACACAUCACACAAAAAGAAUGCCACUGACUCCUACCCCCACCCCCUCCCUUUUCAGAAGCGCUCAGGGUGAGACGUGCACUCCAUUUGUACAAGCGCACGUUUAUUAAAAAAAAUUUUGCGCCGUUCGUUAUACGAGCCCUUGCUCACUAUGCGAGUUCUUUGUUUUUUUCAAUUUGUUUUUAACGUCCACGUUCUUUAUGAGGAUUGAGGGGCGUUCAUGCUUUGGGGCGCCCGUGAUUUGGGGCGUUCUUUGUGAGGGGCGUUCUGUAUGAGGCGCGUUCAUGGUAUGGGAGAUCAACUUAACUUUAUAUGAGAUAACAGCAUUCCAGUUUAUCCUGCAAAUUAAUAUGUUGUGGACACAAAGGAUGACUAAACCACUUUUGUUAAAAAUUUGUCCUGCAGAUCAAUUGAAACAGUUGUAGGAUGCAUCUUUCACUCGGGAUGUAACGUCACUGCAAGCCAUCGCGAGGUAUGGGCCAGUUUGCUGCAGAGGGCAAUGGACUAUUAUGGCUCAUCGUGCCGUGGGUAUCUUUUCAAUUUUUUUUUUGUUUUUAAAUUUUGAUUAUAAAGUGUUUUGUCCAAUUGAAAGAGAAACAAUGGAAGAAGUACAAUUUUAUUGUAAAUGAUUGUCACACAACAAAUGCGCGCGGGGGGGGGGGGGGGAAAAAAAGGGCUGCCCACACCGUUUUGUGGCUCCUUUUGCAAUAGAUUGGGAGUAUUGCUUUUUUUUGUUGUUUUUUAAAAAGAUCUUUUUAAAAUAAUACAGGGGGGGGGGGGGUGGUGGGUGAAAAAAAAGGGCUGCCCACACUGUUUUGUGGCUCCUUUUGCAAUAGAUUGGGAGUAUUGCUAUUUGUUGUUGUUUUUUAAAAAGAUCUUUUUAAAAUAAUGUACUACUUAAAUAUCGUUAUGUGACGUCCUGUUGUUUGUCGAAAACCCUGAAGAAUGUAAAUUAGUUAAACAAAGGUAUCAAUAACUUUUGAACAGAACAGUGACCGCUGGCAGGUUGAGCUUGUGCCGCAUUUAAUACACGGAGGUAAAAUCAAAUGGGAAGCCUUAAACAUUGGGCAGCAUGUAUCUGGGGCAGCGUGGACGUUGGGCAUCGUGGAGGUUGGGCAGCUUGGAAGUUGGGCAGCGUAGAGGUUGGGCAGCGUGGACGUUGGGCAGCGUGGAGGUUGGGCAGCGUGGAGGUUGGGCAGCUUGGAAGUUUGGCAGCGUGGAGGUUGAGCGUAAAAGAGAGGGCGUGGAGGUCAGACAUAGAGAUCUGGCGUGGAGGUUGGUUAGCAUGGGUUUUGGGAAACGUGCAGGUUGGGCAGCGUGCAAGUUGGGCAGUGUGGAGGUUGGGCAGUGUGCUGGUUGGGCAGUGUGCAGGUUGGGCAGCAUGGAGGUUGGGCAGUGUGCAGGUUGGGCAGCGUGGAGGUUGGGCAGUGUGCAGGUUGGGCAGUGUGCAGGUUGGGCAGUGUAGAGGUUGGGCCGUAUGCAGGUUGGGCAGUGUGCAGGUUGGAUUUGUCGUAAAUAAGACUGGAUAUCAUUAAGGCGAAAUGAGGGUCAUAGAAUUUCAAGCCCACACAAUCUCUGCAAUGAUUCGUGUUUAUUCCAAACUUCGUUUUGCCUCAACUUUAACAAAAAAUUAUUUUUUUUUAAAGAAACUUUUUUCCACAAAAUAAUGUCACACGACCAAAUUAAAUACCCUAAGGUUGAGAACUCUGCAAAGAUUCUUUUUUGAAAGCAUUUUACUGAGUUAUUGCUCUUUGAUUUCAGCGUUUACAUUGGCUCGUCUAAUUAACCGUAAGUAUCAUUAAUUUAUUUUUAUUUCUGCCGGAAUAGUUGGGCUUUUGUUGUUGUUGUUUUGUUUGUUUUUUUGCUUCUAAUUGUUGGGCAGUACGAAGAUCUGAUAUAAAUAAUGAACUUGUGUAGCAUAAAUGAGUUGAAUCAUUCGAAGCCGACAGUCAAAAAAAAAAAAGUGGGAGAAAAAAAAUGUCAUAGUUUGUAAAUAGUCUCUAACAGAAGAGACAAACGCUAGGAUAAAUAGUCUCUAACAGAAGAGACAAACGCUAGGAUAAAUAGUCUCUAACAGAAGAGACAAACGCUAGGAUAAAUAGUCUCUAACAGAAGAGACAAACGCUAGGAUAAAUAGUCUCUAAAGAAGAGACAAACGCUAGGAUAAAUAGUCUCUAACAGAAGAGACAAACGCUAGGAUAAAUAGUCUCUAACAGAAGAGACAAACGCUAGGAUAAAUAGUCUCUAACAGAAGAGACAAACGCUAGGAUUUUUAAAAAAAACCAAAAAAAAAACCACAAGAUUCAGCUUAACUAAACUCUACACACAUUACGGUCUACUAUCUCUUGAAGUGACCACACGCACGCACGCACACACACACACUAGCACUGUAAAACACACGCCACACACUCGCUGAAACGCACACUCUCACACACACACUCCCACAAACACUCUCAAAUGGCUUUAGAGACUAUUAGACUAUUACAUUCCGCCCCCCCCCCCCAUUUCUAAAAAUAAUUUUCCCUUGGGUGGAAAAUCUUCCGGUUAUAAAUCUACUAUAAAGGGCUUUAUCUUUAAAGGUAAACAUGCACACUGGUCUGUCGUGCCGUUGAAAGAGUUUAAACUACAAUAAGAUUUUUAAUACGUAAACUACGACUCGAGGGGGUUGUUCGAUAUUUUUUUUUUUAAAGGUAGGUCUAACAAUUUUAAAAAAAUAAUUUUUACCCUUUAAAAAAAAAAAAGUCCCAUAAGUCCUCCAUCCAGCCCUCAAAUACUCAUUGCAAGAUUUUAGCAUUUGCCGAUGUUUCAUCUCUCUCUCUUCUAAUGUGUGUUUCGACAGCCGACAGCAACAGCGCGGAUGUGACGCGAGCGACGUCGACGGUGGUGGUUGUGGCGUCAACUUUAGCAUUUCUUCUCGGAGCCUUCGUGCAUCUUCGUUAAAACCCGUCAACACAGAAAUGUUAAGGAAGAGUGUGUGUGUGUGUUGCGCCAGGCGCAGAAAGGACUGAACACAUCCUAUGCACACAUGAGAGAGUGCAUUUUAUUUAUUUACACACACAUAUUUGAAAUAUAUUUUUUUCAAAAUUUCAUUCUUAAGUUUGAUCAUUUAUCAUCCAAUCAUUUAUCAUCCAAUCAUUUAUCAUCCAAUCACCCAUCAUCCAAUCAUCCAUCGCCGACAUUUAACAUUCAUUGAUUUAUAUGAGCUUUUUAAAAAAAAAUUUUUAUCGGAAUUUUAUAUUUAUGUUUGCAAUUUUGUUUUGUUGUUUACAAUAAUGAUUCACCCAUGAACUGUAAGGCAAUUCAUAAAAGGAUAAAUGUCUUUAAACACAAACGAGUUAUUUUAAGUUUAAUGAGUUCACCUCAUCUUCUAUAUUUUGGGGUCCUACGAUCAAUGUAUUGAUCAUCCUGGCUCCUAUUUUGUAUAUUUAAGAGAUACAAUGCUAAAAAUUAUUAUGUUACUGAUUCUGUUGGUCUACUUUCCACUUAGUGGGCCUAGAAAUAAAGACUGCACCAAUGCGACACUUUGCAAAGUGUCAGUAUAAAGCAGUUGUUCAUUCUAUUGCUAGAUAUUCGUCACGCAUACGUAUCAUGGGGGGGGGGGCGUUAUUUUUAUAUCAUGUACACAUUUUCAUUAUUAUAAUUUGUUAUUCAUGAUGUUACAUUAAGAAAUGGCGUCAGCGGGCCGUCGAGCUUGCGCUCUUUAUGCCCUCCCCAAAACACCCCUCCCCGACCCGGUAUCGGGCCCUUUGUCAGGACAGCCCCCACCCGAGUCUGCUCCACCAGGUCUCCGCCGGGGGCCGUCCUAACCCAAAGACACCUGGUCGGUCCGACACUGUGUUUGCACACAGUGCACACGAUCGACUUUCUCAGGAGUCGGGAUGGAAAAUGUUACGUCCUAAUAUCUUCCCCCACCCAUCCCGGGGAAGCCUUAUUCAUGAUAAAACCUCGAGUUAUGACGUAGCCAUGUUAAAUUACACCUGACCCCAACUAAAACUGGCCCUUGAAUUUACUUGAUGGAUGAUUCAUAAAUUUAUAGAGUCAUUUUGAUCUCUGGGGGAAUAUAAACAUAUUAAAGUUGUAAAAAAAAAUAUCUUUGAGCUG